AUGGCAGAUAGCACACAGCCAGAGCGCGAACACGGUCGCAGACGAAGUUCACGUUCCAGAUCACCUCGGCGACAUCAUUCCCAUACUCACAGAAGACGAUCACCGCAUAGUAAACAUCAUCAAAGCAAACGACCAAAGGAAGCAGCACCAGAGCCUCUGCCGUACAAUUGUAGGCCAAUCACGAAACAUGAUUACGAGACGUUCAAACCAAUGUUUGCAUCGUAUUUGGAUAUUCAGAAAGGCAUAUUUUUGGAUGAGUUAGGAGACACAGAAGUCAAAGGGAGAUGGAAGAGUUUCUUUGGAAAAUGGAAUCGUGGAGAACUUUCAGAAGGUUGGUAUGAUCCAUCGACCAUGCGAAAAGUUCAAGAAACAGCGAAGGAGUAUGCGGAGGAAAUUGCCCGAGAAUCCAAUCUGGCACAAUCGAACGAGCCUUCAUCGAGUUUUGGACAGCGCGAAGUCGAACAAGAUGAGCCCAGCAGGAUGGAGGACGACGGUCAUGAUAGCGAUGAUUCAAUGGGCCCAACAUUACCAGGACAAACAAGCAGAGCUAGAGGAAAUAGGCUGGGACCCAGCAUACCAAAUAUGGAAGAUUUGGAGUUGAGGAAAGAAACGGCUGUCGAAGACCAAUUAGCUCGGCGCGAUGACAUGAGAUUUGAACGAAAAGUCGAUCGGAAAGAACAAAAGGACGCACUAGAUGAAUUGGUACCGCGCGCUGAAGCCGGCACACGAGAACGCCAGUUGGAAAAGAAGAAAGAAGUGAACGAAAAGAUGAAGUCCUUUAGAGAGAAAUCCCCUGGUGCCGCAGAAGUUCCGGAUACUGAAUUAAUGGGGGGCGGUGAAGAUGGAAUUGUGGAAUUCAAAAAGAAAAAGGAAGACUUCGAGCGGAAGAAGAAUGAGAGAGAGUUAAGGAAGGAAGAAAUAAUGAGAGCUAGACAAGCUGAACGAGAGGAGAGGCUACAGGAGUACAGGCAGAAGGAGGAUGGGACUAUGGCUAUGCUGAAGGCUUUGGCUAAGCAGAACUUUGGAUGA